GAAUGCUUUAAUAAGUAUAAACUAAAGAUAGAGAAAAAAUUGAACUUUUCUUUUCUGCAAGAGGUUUAGCUAAUAAAGAUGUAUUAUCUGAUAGUGAUCCUUAAUUAUAUUUAUAUUUAAAGGAAGGAAAGUAAGGAGUAGAAAAAUUAAUUGUGAAAACUGAGGUUAAAAAAAACAAUCUUAAUCCAGAUUGGAAAGUAAUUAAAUAUUUUUAUGUUUAGGUAUCUGUAGUUUUAGACUUUAUUUUUGAAGUAAGUCAAUAUCUAAGAAUUUUAGUUGUGGAUAGUGAUGGAGAAGAUCUAAAGGAUGAUGAUAUAAUUGGUACAUUAAAUGUAUAUAUUUUGCUAUAAUUGAUAGACUACAGUAGGAGAGAUUAUGGGAUCGAGAAAUUAAAUUUAUAUAGGUUAACUUUCACAUAAAAAUAAAUAAACAGGAAAAGUGUUGGUAAAAGCAGACAAAAGACAAGAGAUUGGAGGAACAAAUUAAUUAAUAUAUUGGUAAUGGUAUGGAAAAAAAAUAAAAAAUAUGGAUGGGUGGUUUGGAGUAUCAGAUCCUUUUUUAAGAUUUUUUAAAUGGCAUAAAAAUUCUGAUUGGUUAAUGGUACAUGAAACAGAAUUCAUAAAAGAUAAUGAAAAUCCAAUUUGGAAAGGAUUUGAAAUAUCUCAUGAUAAAUUACAUGAUGAAAAUCCACAAUAACCUAUAAAAAUAGAACUUUGGGAUAAUGAAAAAGAUGGAAAACAUUAAUAUAUUGGAUAAGUUGAAGUUACUAUUGAAAAAAUAUUUUUUAAAGAGAUACAUGAAUUUUAAGUGAAGACUCCAAAAGGGGUAUUUAAUAAAAUCUAAUAUAUUUAGGAAUUUGGAGGUACUAUUGGAAUAAAAAGUUUUUAAAAACCAUCUUUUAUUGACUAUUUAAAAGGAGGAGAAUAAAUUAAUUUAUAGAUAGCAAUUGAUUUUACAGGAUCAAAUGGAGAUCCACGAAAUUCACAUUCAUUACAUUAUAAUACUCCUAAUUAAUUAAACUAAUAUUAAAAUGCAUUGAGUUAAGUAUCUGAAAUAUUACUAAAUUAUGACUUUGAUAAAAAAGUACCUGUUUAUGGUUUUGGUGGUAUACCUUCUUUACCUAAUUAUCAUAAAAGUUCAACAGAUGAUUGGUAAUUUUUAAUUUUAUUAUUAAAAUAGCUUUCCAUUAAAUGGAAAUAAAAAAGAUCCAGAAGUUUAUGGAUUAGAAGGAAUAAUGAAUAUUUAUAGAUAAGCUUUAAAUCAUAUAUCAUUAAGUGGUCCAACAGUUUUUGCUCCUGUUAUAGAAAAUGCUAUUGAAAUUGCUGAUUAGAAUAAAAAAAAAGAUAUUUAUAAUGUUUUAUUAAUUAUGACUGAUGGUUAAAUUGAUGAUAUGAAUGAAUGUAUAAAGUUGGUAAAAAAAGCAGCAAAACUUCCAUUAUCUAUUAUUAUUGUAGGAGUUGGAAAUGCUAAUUUUAAAAUGAUGGAAGAAUUAGAUGGAGAUGGUCCAUAAUAUUAGGAUUGUUUAAGAGAUGUUGUUUAAUUUGUUCCAUUUUUAAAAUACUCUGGACAACCUGGUGCAUUAGCUUAAGAAUUAUUGUCAGAAUUACCAGAUUAAUUAAUUUAAUAUAAAUAAUUAAUUGGUAAGGGUCCUAAUCCUGCUUAAUAAAUUGAUUUAAGUAAAUUAGCAUGA